GUCUUGCAUCCUUGUUGCAGGUCAUUUGUUUCAUGUGACGCCUCAUAUAUGUGUGAACCGCACGCAAAUAAAAAAAUUAUUCGCAACACAUACGGGUUGGAAACACUAGUCAGACUCGGUACGUAAUCCUCCAAACUAUUCACCUCAGCCAUACAAUCACCUCUUAAAUACACUGACAACAACACUCUCUUGAAACCAUCUCCAAUGGAAUCUAUCUGGUUCAUAAUCAUAAUCACACUCUCCUUCUGUGCAACCAUAAAAGCUCUAAUCAAUCUUCUUCAAACCCCUAAGAAAUUACCACCUGGUCCUGUUUCAAUCCCAAUCAUAACCAGUUUCCAAUGGCUUCGAAAAUCAUUUGCAGAUUUAGAACCGACUCUUAGAAAUCUCAAAACAAAGUACGGACCAAUCGUAACUUUGUCGAUUGGUCAUCGCAAAUCAAUUUUCAUCACAACCUCGAGUUUAGCUCAUCAGGCUUUGAUUCAGAACGGAGCAGUUUUUGCUGAUCGGCCACCCGCACCAGCAACAUCUAAAAUUGUUUCGAGUAAUCAGCAUAAUAUUAGCGGAGCUUCUUAUGGUCCUUUAUGGAGACUACUUCGGAGAAAUCUAACUAUGCAGAUUCUUCAUCCAUCGAAGAUCAAAUCUUUUUCUCCAGCUCGAAACUGGGUUUUGAAUAUAAUCAAGGAAAAUAUUAAGAAAGAAUCGAAUUCAGGGCAAAACCCUGUCCUUGUUGUCGAUCAUUUUCAAUUUGGUAUGUUUUGUUUACUUGUUUUUAUGUGUUUCGGGGAAAAGCUUGAUGAGAAGAAAAUUAGAGAAGUUGAGUCUGUUCAGAGAAGUUUCCUAUUGGGGUUUGGUAAAUUUCAGAUUCUGAAUUUUUUCCCAAAAUUCACUAAAAUAUUUUUGAAGAAAAGAUGGGAAGAUUUUUAUAAGAUGAGAAGUGAUCAAGAAAAGGUACUAAUUCCUUUAAUUAGAUCAAGACAAGAAAAAAUGAAGAAAACGUUUGAAGACAAUGAGAAAUCUUUAGGGUUAUGUUAUGUUGAUUCAUUACUGAAUAUUGAAUUACCUGAUGAAGGUGGAAGAAAACUGACUGAACAUGAAAUUGUCAGUCUAUGUUCUGAGUUUUUGAAUGCAGGUACUGAUACUACAUCAACAGCUUUACAAUGGGUCAUGGCUAAUCUAGUGAAGUACCAAGAGAUUCAGUCCAAAUUAUAUGAUGAAAUCAAAACAUUGUAUUCUGGUGAUGAUGAGAUUAAAGAAGAAGAUUUAAAGAAACUGCCAUAUUUGAAAGCUGUAAUACUGGAGGGACUAAGAAGACACCCACCAGGCCAUUUUAUUCUACCUCAUGCAGUGACUCAAGAUAUAGGAUUAGAUGGGUAUGUUGUGCCAAAAGAAGCCACAGUGAAUGUCAUGAUAGCAGAAAUUGGAUGGGACUCAAAAGUAUGGGAAGAUCCAAUGAUGUUUAAACCAGAGAGAUUUUUGAGUAAAGAUGGUAUCUUGAAUGAAGAAUUGUCAGAUGUAACAGGGAACAAAGAGGUUAAGAUGAUACCAUUUGGAGCUGGUAGAAGAAUGUGUCCUGCUUCUGGUUUGGCAAUGCUCCAUCUUGAGUAUUUUGUUGCUAAUUUGAUUAAGGAAUUCAAGUGGACUGCUAAGGCUGGAGAUGAUAUAGAUUUGUCAGAGAAACAAGAGUUUACUAUUGUCAUGAAGAAUCCAUUAUGGGCUCAUGUUUCUCCAAGGGAACAAGAUUGUUAGUGUUUCUUUUUGUCAGUGGUUGAGCUUUAAAUAAGUUUCCUCAGAUCAUUGGAGUUGUACUUCUUUUUAGUAUUUGAUUGAAGAUAUGGUAAUGUAGAUAUCUGUCAUGAAUCUUGAGUUUUUACUUUCACUUCUUGUUUAGCUUAAUAAAGGAGCAAAUUGAAUGUAUAGAAAUUACUCUAAAUGUAAAGAGAAGAAAGUACACUACCCUGUAACCUUUAGUUCAGAAAUAUGCAGUACGAAAAAGUUCUAGCUUGGUUGUUAAAA